AUGGAACCACCGAAGGAUAAGCAGCCGAAAGUGAUGGAAAUCAAUAUUCCGCCCGAUGGUGUGGCUGGUGGGGAUGGAGGAGCCACUUCUCACUCUCUUUUCUCCACUGGUGCAACAGUGCAUGCACCGGCCGACUUCGAGACGGCCAUUGCCGCCACUGGUUACGGUCGUUUCAACUACCUGCUGCUGCUGGUGGCGAUGCCGUGCUGCAUGACGACGGUAUUCGAGACGACCACUAUGUCCUACGUGCUGCCGAGCGCCGAGUGUGACCUGAACCUUUCCCUCGCUGACAAGGGCAUGCUGAAUGCCAUCACCUACACUGGAAUGAUAACAUCUGCCUUCCUCUGGGGCUUCCUGUCCGACACGUACGGUCGGAAACGGUUGCUGGUGGUGGGCUUUCUUCUGGACAGCACCUUCAACGUCCUGUGCGCCCUCAGCCAGAACAUGGUGGCCAUAAUGGUUUUCAAAUUUAUGGGUGGCUUUGUCAUCUGUGGACCGUUUGCCGUGCUGAUGGCGUACUUGUCCGAGUUUCACAGCCUGCAGCAUCGAUCCCGCGUGAUGAUAGUGCUGGGAGUGUUUUACAGUGCUGCCAACAUGCUGCUCCCCGCCCUGGCCUGGCUUAUCAUCCCACAGUCCUGGAACCUGGUUCUCGGUGACGGUGUGCUCGAGCUACAUUCAUGGCAGAUUUUCCUGGCCGUAAGCUGUCUGCCGGGUGUACUGAGCGGUAUCAGCGUGAUGUUCCUUCCCGAAAGCCCCAAGUUUCUCAUGUCCAAAGGGCAGAACGAGCGAGCGAUGGCCAUUUUCCGGCGCUUGUACGCUAUCAACACCGGGAGCCGGCAAGAGUUUCCGAUCGUGGAGCUGGUGGAUGAGCUGCGGCAAGCAUCGAGCAGCGAACCGACGUCCGGUAAACUACCAUCAUCCGCCAAAACCACCCAGCCAGCGUCGAGCGGUGGUGUGGGUGAAGGGUUCCGCCAGCUAGCUGUAAUGUUCCAGAAGCCACAUCUGAAGAAUGCCUGUCUGGUGUACGGUAUUCAGUUCGGUAUACUGCUCGGGUUAAACACAUUCCGACUCUGGGUCCCGCAACUGUUCACCAUCAUCGAGGAGUUUGAGCACGAGCAGCAUCUACUUCUGGAUGGUGCGAUGGUACCAUCGUACGGUUCCAUGGCCGCUGGUCAGGCAACGCUCUGCGAAAUGUUAGCCUAUAAGGUCAACAAAACUGAGCAGUUACAACAACAAUGGAUGGAGUAUGAGGUAUCUAGAGCGCUUCACGGUCCCGAUCCGGUCGCAAUGGAGCCGCUGGACGACGUUCUCAAGUGCACCGCGACAACCGAGGGUCGAGUUUAUCUGUACUCAUUAAUCAUUGGAUGUGUCGGCAUCGGAGCGUACGCGGUUACGACCGUCAUGAUUAAUUCCAUCGGCAACCGGAACAUACUCACGUACGGAUUGGUGCUGGCCGGGUCCUGUGGUACCGCUCUGUACUGGGCACGAAGCUCACUCGUAACGCUGAUCCUAUCGUCGUGCUACAUCACCAUCUGUAGCAUAGCAUCGACGGCGCUGGUAGGUGCCGUUGUCGCCAUGUUUCCCACAUCGAUGAGAACAAUGGUGGUCUCGCUAACGAUGAUGUUUGGCCGGACGGGUUCCAUCAUCGGCAACGUCGUGUUUCCCUAUCUGAUGGCUCUCGGGUGUUUGCCGCCGUUUGUCAUGAUCGGUGCGAUUGUGAUAGCUGUUGCCAUGGUUUCGCGCCUGCUGCCCCGUACCGUAAAGAAACCGCUCCAAUAAUUAAACCCUGGCCCGGAACG